AUGUUUCCCCGGGUUUGGUGGCUUUUGUUCUUGUUAGAUGUCCAGACUUAUGUGGCACAGAAUUUCUUUGAAGAGAAAAGAGUUGGAAGAUACAAGCCCAGAGCUUUAACAUCAGGUCCAGUGGACAAGGUUCCCAGCCUCAGUGAUCAAGAUGAAGACUGCCUUCUGGAGAUGGCUUUCCUCCUGGACAGCUCAGAAAGUGCUAAGGAAUAUAAUCACAACCAGGAGAAGAGGUUUGUGUUGCAGAUGGUGGACAAGCUGAAAGGCAUUGAACUGGACUCCAAGAGGGCGUUCAGCUGGAGAAUGGCCUUAUUACAGUACAGCAGUACGGUGCUCAUAGAACAGACAUUCAGAGACUGGAAAGGACCUGAGAACUUUAAAGCUCGCGUUACUCCCAUAGCAUACAUUGGUCAUGGUACAUUCACAUCCUAUGCCAUCACCAACUUAACCCAACUGUAUAUGAAUGAAGGGACACACAAGAGUGUGAAAGUGGCCAUACUUCUAACGGACGGGGUAGAUCAUCCGAGAAAUCCUGAUAUUUUUGCUGCUACUACUAAUGCAAAACAGCAUGACAUUAAGCUCUUCACUGUUGGAAUGACAUCUGUAUCCAAGGAAACGGCCAAUGCUGCUAAACUCCGCUUACUGGCGAGCGUGCCUGCUACCAGAUUUGUGUUCCAUUUACAGGAAACCACUGUGGUGGAUUCCAUUCUGAAGGAAGUGAAAGAGCUUGCAGAGGAAGGGUGCCGACAGUCACCUGUCUGUACCUGUGAGAAAGGUGAAAAGGGACCUUCAGGACCAGCUGGUAAAAAGGGUCGGCCAGGUGAUGAUGGUAUUCCUGGAUUGAAGGGUAGCAAGGGUGAAUCUGGACUUAACGGUAUUCCUGGACGAGAUGGACUAGAGGGGAAGCCUGGGUAUAAAGGAGAGCAGGGAGAGAGAGGCGAAUGUGGUAUUCCUGGUAUCAAGGGAGAUCGGGGCCCUGAAGGUCCAGCUGGUGCUAGAGGACUGAGAGGUGUGCAGGGUAUCCAAGGACCUCCAGGAGAUCAGGGCCCUGAAGGAUUUCAAGGACAAAAGGGUGAUAGAGGUAUCACCGGUCCACCUGGAUUUCAGGGAGAAACAGGAAUAGGACUGCCAGGCCCCAAGGGAGACAUUGGUCUACAAGGAAGACCAGGACCAAAUGGCCCACCAGGAGCUGGAGAGCCUGGAUCACCAGGUCCUCAGGGAGCUCAGGGGCUUCCAGGUGAGAGAGGACAACCAGGAGAAGGCCUACCAGGAUCAAAGGGAGACCGGGGAUUUGAAGGACCCAGGGGACCUCGGGGGCAAACAGGCGCUGGUAUUAAGGGUGACAAAGGAGACUUUGGACCUCCUGGUUUGCCGGGCCCACUUGGUUUACCUGGCAUUGGGACGCAAGGAGAAAAGGGAGUCCAGGGUCCUGUGGGGCCACCAGGAAUGAGGGGACCACCAGGAGAAGGGCUUAUGGGGCCUAAGGGAGAUCAAGGUUUGCCAGGAGAAUCUGGAGUACCUGGAGAAAGAGGGAUUGGUGAAACUGGCGCAAAGGGUGAACCAGGGUCUUCAGGAUUGGCUGGUUUACCUGGUUUACCAGGAGAAGAUGGCGCCCCAGGACAAAAGGGCGAGUCAGGACUUCCAGGUAUCAGGGGCCCUGAAGGUAGCCCAGGCAUUGGAAUACAAGGUGAAAAGGGUGAUCAAGGACAACGUGGCAUCCGUGGGUUAACAGGACCUCCUGGACCUGCUGGCCCAUCAGGACCAAAAGGUGAACCUGGAGCUACAGGCCGCCUUGGAAUGCCAGGUCCCCCCGGACGUGCUAUUGUUGGUCCUAAGGGAGAUCUCGGCCCACCUGGUCUACAGGGUCUAAUUGGAGAACCUGGAAUUGGCAUUGCUGGCCCGAAGGGUGAUAGGGGCAAUCCGGGACCACCCGGACCAUACGGACCUAAGGGAGAUGGAUUUGCAGGCCCAACUGGAAUGACUGGCCUUCCAGGACCUCAAGGUGAACCAGGACCAGAAGGCUUUGGAUUACCAGGACCAAAGGGUGACCAGGGUUUCAGAGGUCCUCUUGGUCUCCCUGGUCCCCCCGGUGAAGGGUUACAAGGAUUAAAAGGAAACGUGGGAAAAACAGGAUUGCCUGGCGCUCAGGGACCACCAGGUGAAGGCAUACAAGGAGCAAAGGGAGAACAAGGAACUCAAGGUGUGGCAGGACCCCGUGGUCCCCCAGGAGAAGGUCUGCUAGGUCCAAAGGGUGAUCGUGGAUCUGCUGGUGAAAGAGGAAGAAAGGGAGAUAUAGGUGAUAAUGGAGAACCCGGUGCAACUGGCGAAACGGGUAGAGCCGGAUUUAAAGGAGAAGCGGGAUUAACAAGAGAAGAUAUCAUUAAGAUGAUAAAAGAGAUUUGUGGUUGUGGUGUUAAAUGUAAAGAGAUACCCAUGGAACUUGUGCUGGUAAUAGACAGUUCUGAGAGUGUCGGACCAGAAAACUUUGAAAUAAUCAAAGACUUUGUGACAAAUCUUGUCGACCGAGUUACAGUAGGUCGAAAUGCCACCCGUAUAGGACUUGUUCUGUAUAGUUUAGAAGUACGUCUAGAGUUUGGCCUGAACAGGUUUACUACACAGCAAGAUGUAAAGCAAGCUAUCAGGAAGAUGCUGUACAUGGGAGAGGGAACCUACACCGGAACCGCCAUACGGAAAGCUACGCAGGAAGGAUUUUAUGGCGCGAGGAAUGGUGUCAGGAAAGUAGCUAUCGUCCUCACAGAUGGUCAGGCAGACAAGAGAGAAGCUGUGAAACUGGACAUAGCUGUCCGGGAGGCUCAAGCCGCCAAUAUAGAAAUGUACGCCAUUGGGAUUGUAAACGCUACAGAUCCAACACAACAGGAAUUCAUAAGGGAGCUAAAUCUGAUUGCUUCUGACCCUGAUGCAGAGCACAUGUACCUAAUUGAUGACUUCAACACGCUCACAGCUUUGGAGUCAAAAUUGGUUAAUCAAUUCUGUGAAGAUGAAAAUGGUGCUCUUAUCUAUAAUCGAGUCGGAAGCAAAAUCAAUCCAGUGUACAAUCAGAAAGGCUCUUCCAGUCCUACCAACACCAUCAACCGGGAGAAAGUUGAUGCCGAGGAAACCAUUAGAUUAGAAGAAAGACGUCGAUUAGAAGAAAGACGCAGAGUCGAAGAAGAAGAAGAAAGACGCAAAGUCGAAGAAGAAGAAAGACUUAGACUUGCACAAGAAGAAAGACGUAGGAUUGAACAAGAGGAAAGACAAAGGAUUGAACAAGAUGAAAGACGUAGACGUGAAGAAGAAAGGAAAAGAGUAACUCAGCCUGAGGAAACAUUUAUUGUUCCACGGGAGCCAAACAUUUCGGGAGGAAGAGUUGUGCCAAAAAAAGAUGAAGAAGAGGAAGAUUAUGGUGAUGAGGAUGAAGAAAUAGAACAACCACCUUCUAAUACUAAAGUAGGUUCAUCUUCAGUCGAAAUUUCAUCUUCUUCAUCCUCCUCUUCUACCAUCAUACUAUCUCCACCAAGUUCAGCAGAGAAAUUUGAUACAUUAAUACCAGAAACAGAAUAUAUCCAGGACGCACGCUGCAAGCUGCCAUUAGACCAAGGUCCAUGUCGGACAUAUACGAUAAAAUGGUAUUAUGACAAACAAGCCAAUUCCUGUGCCCAAUUUUGGUAUGGGGGCUGUACCGGAAAUGGUAAUCGUUUUGAUACUGAAGAUGCAUGCAAGAAGUCCUGUGUCAUUAACCUAGAAGACGAGAAUUUGAAAUAAUGUGACUUUUGCAGUCCUGAUAUAAGAGGUGCUACUCACUACACAGGAAACUGAAGGAUUCAAUUACAUGGACACAUCUUAAACAUUUCCUUGAAUUUGAUAAUUCGCCAUCCGCGCUGUUUAUGAUGUUGUAACUGCGAUGUGACACGUUUUUAGCUAAAAAAAAAUAAAAUAGAGCAGAAAUCUUUAUCCGAAAGUCAUAUUGACGUCAACAUCUCAGGGGUUCCUGUUAACAAAGAGGCUGUAUCAUUAUAUUUUAGCAAUCAACGGGCCUAAUUGUUUAGGUUUAUAGUGUGAAAAUAGUAGCUUGAAACUGAAUUAUGUCUCUGUUUAAAUUGUAUGUGUAUUUCUAUAAGGCUUGAAGGGGAGUUCAGGUCUACCUAUCAGAAGGACAGAUAACUUAUAACUCACAGGAAAGGUAUAUAUUUUCAAAGCAUCAUCAAUGUAGCAGUAUAAUGUAAUCAUGAACAGUUUCAUAUAGUGAUUCUAAAAUAAGUGUAUUGUAAUAGUAAAUAUUUUUCUAAAUGUAUAACUGAAUAGUUGUCUGAUAAAUAUAACUUAUAUUUAAAAUAUCAAAUCAAUCAUUCACUGCAGCACAGCCACUCCCAUGGUGUCAAAUACAUGUAUAUGUACCCUUUGAUGUCUGUAUUGUUUAUUAUUCUGCUUAGUGUAUAGAUCUUAUUAUUGUACGUGCUGCUGUUUUAAUCCAAUUAAAAUAUUAGUGUCAUGUUAAAACAGAAAAGAUUAAAUUAAAUCUAUCAUUAUACACUAUUAUCACGACUAAUUGGAUACGCCCCCUAUAUAUUUUAUAUAACUCUCAGUCAAUAAAUUACUCAAUUUUUAAUUUUUAGGAUACCUUUCCUUUUUCCCUCUAUAUAUUUCCAUUCAAUUUACAAUAAUAUUUCACUUGGUUCUAUAGUGAACAUCAUUUUGAGAUUAAAACCCAGGUCACUACAGCCAGAAGUUUGCUCAGGCCGUACCAUCAAACCACAAUUCUUUUAAGGUCCCAAAUAAGACAAAACAGUUCUUGGAAGCUAUCCCCACUUCUAAUAAUUUUUGGUUCACCAAUAAUCUGAAUUAUGUGAAAUGAAUCGGUGUGCGUUGAAGAGUUUUAGUGGAAAAAUUAAACUGUCUUGAUUGUAAAUCCCAGCUCUAUUUAUACCUUGCAUCAUCAAGUUUUCCAAUUAUGUUUACAUGUGUGUAUACAAGAACAUAGCUUGUUUGUCUUUAUAUUUUUAUGCAUGUUCCAUUGUCUGAUCUAGCAAUUCCUCCACAAACCAGGGUGGGUAGAAUUAGGCCAAAGUGCUGUGUAUUACCUAACAUUUAUCAAAUAUAAAAAUAUACAUUUAGUUAUCAUUUUUCACAAAUCCCUGUCCGUUUUUAAGUCCUGAUGACUUUUCUAUUACAUUCAUCCACUUGUUUUUUUAGUACAACAGGUUAA